ACUUUUGACAGAUAAUUUCAUAACCUAAAACUGCACAUCUAAUUCCUUUGACAAAUUGCAUAAUAAUAUUAUUAACGCAGAAUCACUCAUAAAUCAUGGCAAAUAUCGUGAGAAAAGCUACAACAGGUCUGACAGGUUUGGCAGUAUCGCAAAAUCCUCAUCAUACUUUGAGCGUUCUUUAUGGCAAAAUUUUAAGAACUUUGCAAAAAAUGCCUGAGGAAGCCGCUUAUAAAAAAUAUACUGAAAGUAUCAUCACAGAACGAGCAGCAAUUGUACAAAAUACUCCUGAUAUAGCCGCAAUUGAAGAAAAAAUUGGUUGUGGUCAAGUCGAAGAGCUGAUUGUACAAGCUGAAAACGAAUUAACUUUAUCCCGCAAAAUGUUAGCAUGGAAACCGUGGGAGCCUUUGAUGAAAGAAGCUCCAAAAAAUCAAUGGAAGUGGCCUGCUGGUGUAAACUAAGUAUGAUUUCGCAAUAUGUAGUUAUCAAAUAAAAUAUUUAACCAUAACAUAAACCAUUGUGUGUUCAUUAUGAAAUUAAUAUUUAAUUAAAAUUAUAAUUACAAUUAGAUACAAACAAUAGUUCAUUAUAUU